AAUGUCUCCGAGUAUGUUUGUCAUCAAAUAUGAUCGAUCUAAUGCGGCUUACUUCCCAGGUGAAAAUAUAACCGGUCGUGUUAUCAUCGUAUUAAACGAGAAAAAAAGUGUUCAAGAUAUAAAAGUACAUUUCAAAGGAGAAGCCCAUGUUCAUUGGUCAACGGGAAGUGAAAAUGAUUCCACAUUGAGUGGUGAUCACACUGCCAGUGAAAAGUAUUUCAGUAUAGAACAAUCGCUGCUAAAUAGAUCGACCGAGACUGUUAGAACUGAACUUCCGGAAGGACAGAGCGAAUAUUAUUUUUCAUUUCAAUUGCCGCAAAAUAUACCGUGCAGUUUUGAACACAAGAUUGGAUAUAUUCGUUAUACGGCAAAAGCAAUCGUCGAUAUACCAUGGAGAUUAAAUUGGUGGACAAAAUCUGCAUUCACUGUUAUCACCCCAUUUGAUUUAAAUCCCGUUUCGCAUCAAUGUGUUGGAAUAGAUGAAGAGACAAUGAAAGAUUUUUCCUUUUGUUGCUUCGAUAAAGGCUCGAUAAACGUUCAAAUAAAAAUUCCAAGUUUAGGAUACGUUCCAGGACAAUUUAUAAUGACCGAAGUGAUAUCAGAUGUUAAAUCGUCGAACAUUAACGUAACGAAAAUUUCUACGAAACUCGAAGAAGAAAUUAUCUUUCACGCACAAAGCUUCACAGAAAAAGCCGAAAUCUUGGUACAAAAGAAUCACGAAGAUGGACCAAUUGGAAAGCAUCAUCAAACUAAUUUGAAACUUUAUGUUCCACCUUUGCCACCGUCUAAUUUAGAACAUUGUGGUAUCAUUGAAUUGAAAUAUUGUCUACGUGUUAAAGUUCAUGUCAACGGCAUGCAUACAAAGAUCGAUAAAAAAUAUCCAAUAUUAAUUGGAACAAUACCUCUAUUUUCUUCACCAUAUACAUCAUGGACUCAAGUAGACGAUACACAGCCAACAGCACCAACAAUUGAUUAUGAACCACCGAUGUCUAUUGCCAUAAAGCCUAUGCCUAUACCAAUUACUGAACCACCAAGUGUAACCGAUUUAUCAGAAAUUACUCAAACUAAUUUGAACGAAUUCCAAUUAACAAAUCUAUCAAUAGGAACGAAUAUUCCGCCUCCUUCUUAUGAAAAAUGUAUGCAAAAAGCCGAUAAUAUCAAGGACAAUGAUGAUACGAAUUCCGUUUAUGGUGCAGAUCAACCAUUUGCCCCAAGAUAUCCAGUUUUCGAUUUUAGAAAUCCUUAUCAAUCUAAUUGAAUAAUUUCAGAUUAGAUUCAUUCAUUAAUAUGACUGUACACUAACAUAUAUAAAAUAUCAUAAAUAAAAUUACAAUAAAUCAAAACGGAAGUACAGGGUCUGUCUCGUAUAAUCUAUAUUCAGCACUUGAAUCAUGAUUACUAUCUGUACAAUUCUUUUUAAGUAAUAUGUUAGUGUUUCUAUAUUUAUAAUUCCUUAUAAUAACCAUUAAUUAUGUAUAUAUGUAUAUAUUAUAUAAUCUUCGUAUGCUCUCAAUAAUAACUUACAUACAUGCAACGAAUAUUGUUAUUUUUGUUCUUCAUUUUU